GGCUAGUUUAUCUUGGCAACUGAAAAGCAUAUGAAAUUGGUACAUCCGAUGCCAACUUGUUUGUCAGUAGUAUUAUAACAGUCUGCGAGCGUAUACGCCACGUCCAGUAAAAGCGGGUCUCACCAAUUAUAUAUACAUAUAUAUAUAUAUAAAAUAAACUUCUUUUAUUAUUUGCUUUAAAAAUUUGAUAAACAAAAAAUGGCAGAACAAAAGAAAGCUCCAUUGUUAAAGAAGGAAGAAGAUUUUGUUAAAGCCCUUGAUGGUUUCAUAAAUCCAGCCACAGAUCAAGUUGCUUUACUUCUGGAUUAUGAUGGUACUCUUGCUCCACUCACCGAAGAAUUGUCAGCCAUGCCAAAAGAUACUGAAAUCAAUAUCAAAAAAUUGGCUGCCAACGAAAAAAUUUUCAUGUGUGUUUUUUCGGGUCGUGAAUUGAAUGAUAUCAAAAAUCAUUUGAAAUUCCCCAAUGUUACAUACGCUGGUAACCAUGGUUUGGAAGUUGAAUACCCAUCUGGAAAGAAAUUUAAAAUCGAAAUGCCAGAAGAAUUAUUGGAAAAACAUAAUAAAUUGGUAGCUGAGUUGAGAGAGAAGGUUGUGUGUUCCGGUGCUUGGGUUGAGGACAAGAAAAUCUCAGUCACUUAUCAUUACAAGGGAGUAAAUGAUAAGCUUAAGGGAAAACUUAUUGAAACCGCUAAGGGACUUAUUCAAGGCCAUGGUUUUCAACUAAUUGAAACACCCUAUGCUUUGGAGGGCAAACCCCGUGUCAACUGGGACAAAGGUGAGGGCGCUAAAAUGAUUUUGGAGAAACAUUUCGAUGCUGACUGGGCCAAGAAUCUUAAGAUCAUAUAUUGCGGUGAUGACACUACUGAUGAGGAUGCCACCAAAAUGCUUUUCGGUAUUGGCAAGACUUUCCGUGUAUCCGAACUUCCAACAUUGAAAACUUAUGCCAAUUAUCAAAUUAAAACUGUUGAAGAAGUUGGUUGGCUAUUAAAGGCUAUUCAAGCGAACUACGAGAAAAAGAAGAAUUAAAUAUAAUCAGUUUGAACUCAUUGUUCCAAUUCAGUAAGACAGAUAUCUGUGGUUAUAUGUAGACCAUAUGAAUCGUCAAGCUGACAAUUGCUCAUACAUACAUGAACGUAUGUAUGUAGAAUAUCUUUUAUUUUAGUGUUUCAUCUCUUUUUAAUCAAAUUAUGUAUUUAUAAAAUAUAAAAUUAGUCAGCCCAUGUAAUCAAUAUGUUUAUUACUAAACUGAAUAAAUAAUAAAUUUUUUACACAAAA